UUCAUAACCAGGCUAGACUUCAUCUUCAUUCCGCCUCAGGUACCCAGGCAACAUCCGUACAUACUGUACCUGCCUGGGUCUGGCGGACAGCCACAGAACGGCACGCCACCCGCAGCCCGUGUUGUGGUAAUCAGGUAGCAUCCCGCACGCCUGCAUCUGCCACCAACCGUCUUGUUUGUUUCGUCUCACCGCCCCCCUCCCCCCUAUUCCCAUCGUCUCCGUCGCGGUGUGACAUCGCGCAGACGACAUGGCCGGCGGCGCCGUGCUCACGGCGAACCCGCUCAAGCUCGACCUCCGCAGCCACAGGAAGUGCUUCUUCAUCUGCUCCGUCAUCACCAUCGCGAGCUUCCAGUAUGGGCUUGACUACGCGCUCGUGGGCGGCUUCAUGGCCAUGCCGGGGUUCCUGCGCGUGUUUGGCUACUUCAACACCGCCACGAACAAGUGGAGCAUCGACCCGACGGUCCAGCAACUUAUCUCGUCCCUGAUGACCAUCGGCACGUUCGUCGGCUCGCUGCUGGUCGGGCCCUUCAGCGCGCUCUUCGGCCGCCGCCACGGCCUGUGGGCGGCGUCGCUGCUCAACUUUGUCGCCACGGGCAUCAUGAUCGGCACGACCAGCCUCGGCGCGCUGUACUUCUCGCGCCUGCUGCUGGGCGUGUCGGUCGGCUGGUUCCUGACCUUUGCGCAGGUCUACGUCAACGAGGCGGCGCCGGCGCAUCUCAGGGGCGUCAUGUUCGCCGUGUACCAGUGCCAGCUGUCGGUUGGGUCCAUCGUGGGCGCCGCCGUCGACAAUGGCACGCACCUGCUGGACGGGCCCGAGGCCUACCGCAUCCCGCUGGCCGUCUUCUUCGUGGCGCCAGCCGUGCAGUCGGUCGCCAUCUUCUUCUUCCCCGAGAGCCCGCGCUGGCUGGUGACGCAGGGCAAGGAAGACGCGGCCAAGUCGGCGCUGCGCCGCCUGCGCAACGCCCGAAUCAGCGAGACGGAGCUCGAGGCAGAGUUCAACGAGAUCGCCGUGUCGACUCGCGAGCAGAUGGAGCAGCGCGACGGCAAGCACCUCUGGAUCGACAUGUGGCGCGGCCGCGACCGCCGCCGCACUCUGCUGUCUAUUGCUAUUAUCUGCUUCCACUGCGCUAACGGGUCCUCGUGGGUCAACAUCUACACGACCUACUUCCUCGCGGCCGCCGGCGUCACGGAGGCCUUUUCGUACUCGGUGAUGGUGACGUGCAUGGGACUCAUCGGCGCCAUAGCGAGCUCGUUUAUCGUGCGCCGCUUCGACCGCCGCGUCAUCGUGCUAGUCGGCGUGGGCGCGUGCGGGCUCUGCCAGCUCGCCUUCGCCGUGGCGUGGACGGUGGCGCCGGGGUCCGUGGCCGCGGCCAAGUCCAUCGUCGCCUUCAUCUCGCUGUUUACCUUUUUCUACGUCGCCUACGCACCGUACGCGUGGCUGAUGGGCGGCGAGUACCCCAACAACCACCUGCGGGCGCACACGUUCGGCUUGGCGACGGCGCUCAACUUCCUGGGGAACUGGCUGGGCGUGUUCACGGCGCCGUACUUCAUCAACCCGGCCAGCCUGGGGUGGAACGCCAAGUACGGGUACGUCUGGGCCGGGUCCAACGCCAUCCUGUUCGUCUUCACGUGGUUCUACAUCCCCGAGACGCGCGACCGCACCCUCGAGGAGAUCCACGAGAUGUUCGAGGCCAACGUGCCCGCCCGCAAGUUCAAGGGCUACGUGUGCGCCGGCACCCGCGCCAUGGCCGAUGCUGUUAUCCUGAGGGACAAGGAGGCCGCCCACGCCGCCCAUGUCGAGGACCCCCCCGCCGCCGCGUCGGCUACGGGCCGGGACUUGUCGGGGUCGCACAUGGAGAAGGCGUAGCUGGCUAGAUCUUGUCGGUUUCUUUCCUUCAGUCUCUUAGGGUCGUGUAUUGAGGUUAAUUGUGGGCAGAAAGGUGGGCGGCGGUUUUAAAUUAGCUCUUAUGGACAGAACCAAUCUAUGAAUAUGAGUGGCUCGUUCAACGGUCCAACCGCACAAACACAGACACCCAAGUACCAAGCAAUCAAUGGGAAUCGGUGUUGAUGGCCACGGCCAACAGCACAGAGCUGGUUACUGCCAAGACCCAGAUCCUAUUGAGGGUAUUCAUUAGUCGAAAGGGGCCCACGAUUUGUAAAUUUGUAAAUCGCGAUUAAAUACUCAGUACGAGAGAAAGACAGUAAUCUUGGUCUUGGAACAAUUGACAAAUAACUAGCUGAUAACACCGCGGGGGGGGAGGUUCAUA